AUGGUUAUCUCAAGAUCCUCAUUGGCUGGUUCCCAGGCAAUCGUUGUCUUGAAGGGCGACUCUCCCGUUACUGGUUCAGUCGUCUUCGAACAGUCCAUCAAGGAUGGUCCAGUCACAGUUUCUGGAACAAUUUCCAACCUCGAUCCUUCCUCAAAACGUGGUUUCCAUGUCCAUCAAGCGGGCGACCUCACCAAUGGCUGCCUAUCCGCUGCAUCUCACUUCAACCCUUUUGGUGCCAACCACGGUGCUCCCACCGACUCUGAGCGCCAUGUAGGUGACCUAGGAAAUAUCGAGAGCGACGAAUUUGGCACUGCCAUAUUCUCGUUUGAAGAUUCGUUGAUCUCACUCAACGGUCCUCGGAGCAUUAUUGGGCGUGGAGUCGUCGUUCAUGCCGGUACCGAUGAUCUCGGAAGAGGUAAUAACGAGGAAUCGCUCAAGACUGGUAACGCUGGUGGAAGAGCAGCCUGCGGUGUCAUCGGUAUGUUCACUUGUGGUCAUUACAUCCAAGAAUUCACAUAA